GUUCAAAAAUUCCGGUUUGAAAAUAACGAUAAAACAUAUAAAAAUUAAACAUAAAAUAAUAUAAUUUUGUCUUUGAUAUUUCAGAAGUGAAAUCUUAGAGCACAGAAGUUUACGAAUCAUGCAGCGUUCACCGGUUGGAUUCAUCGGCUGUUUAUGGAGACGGCCAGCUGUGCCACGGCUGCUAAAGCAUACAAUGCUCGUCAAGCGUCAUAUUGCAGCCCAUAGCUCGAAGAAGGGAUCAAACAGAAGCGGCAACAUUAAGAUAUCAACGGAACCGGCAAAAGUUGGCAUUAGCAAGGCCAGCAAAGGCAUCAGCUCCACCGGCCCCAGCACCAGCCCUAGCACGAGCGCCAAACCCGAGAGUGGCACCGCUGGCUCGACCAACAUGGUAGUGGAUAUGAGUGGACCUCGGCACAUCAGGCGUGAGGAUAAUAUGUGGAACGAUCCACAGCGAUUGGAUACAAAAUGGCUGCGUCCGCGUGACCCCAGACGCUACAAGCCCGACUUUGGACUGACGGAGCCGCACUCGCUGCGCAAACAGUUUAUGCGCAGUCCGGACGAGCGCACUAGGGAUGCCAUGGGACAUGACUGGGAAGCGGCUGUUCGCAUUGCGAACAAUAGACGUCGUCGGGCUUAUUUGGCCCACCAUAAGCGCGAUCAGGAGAAAACCGAAACUUUGGCUGAACAUGGGCUGGGAGUAAAGCUGGCGGCUAAGUCGAAAUCGGAUACGAGGUCCGACCGCAAGGCUAAGCGCGAUCAGCCAAAGGAUAAGCACUAACAAGGCUAUAAUUUUCAAGAUACCUUACCACCUUUGGCACUAACCCAAUCUCAUUUUUAUGCUAAUCGAAAUGGCUCGAUAUUAGCGGUUCGUGGACGGCCAUAACCAACCAAAUUGCUUAUGAAAUGCGUAUAAAUUAGCAUUUUCAAUCUACCGAAUCGCAACCCCCCCCCCCCCCCCCCCCCCCCCCCAAAUAUGCUCCAUAAAUCCUACGCGUGCUCGUCGCGCUCCAUUAUCCCAUCAGCCGAAGCAAGUCGAUGCUAUUAAAAGCACAUUUUACUGAGCAAAAACAAGGAGGAACAGAAAAAUGCAAAAACUUUCGAGGCAACAAUGGAUAGACGGCGUAUACAGGUUGUAGUUUUUCGUGCGAUAACUAGCGAGCAGUCGAUGGCCAAUGGCUAAGGCGACUCCUCAGAUCAUAUAAUUUAUAUGUAUGUAUAUAUAUAUAUCUCUAUAUUUAUAUGCAUAUAUAUAUAUAUAUGUAUAUAUAUUUGAACCAGAAUGGCAAUUUUAAGACAAGUACCUAUCGAACAAUACUUGCAACAUUGUCUUUAUUAAUAUAUACAUAAAAUUAUGUAUAUGCAUUAAA